AUGUACAUAUUUGAUCGUCAUUGUGUGUGUAUUUAUUAUCAAGAUUGGCACCGACAUCGUAAAAGUGGUGCAGGAAGCGGCGGAGGUGGUGUUAAUAGUGCCAUUGGCACCACAAGCACAACCACUAGCAUGAAUGGUCAAAUAGAUGGUGAUUCAGGUGGCUCCUCCUCCUCACCUGCUCAUAGUUCAGCGGCGAAUCAUCUUACCAGCCAUCAUUCUACAACUUCACAACUUACCAGUUUAACAAGCAUUUUCUCAGAAGGUCGAAUGAUCAACAUCGAGGAAGAGGCCAAAUUAGUUUAUGGUGUCGUGUUUUCUUUAAGAAAUUUUGUUAAGAAGCUCAGUGGAAGUCAAGACGGAUUUUUAGCAUAUAAAACAUCGAACUAUAAGCUUCAUUAUUAUGAGACUCCAACAGGAUUGAAAUUUGUGAUGAAUACUGAUCCUGGUAUAGAUUCUCUUCGACAAAUACUAAGACAGAUUUAUACAAACUUUUAUGUUGAAUAUGUUGUAAAAAAUCCUUUGUCACCUACGGAGCAUCUCGGAGGUGAAGGUGUUAAUAAUGAAUAUUUUAAGGCGGCAGUUGACAAAUUUGUAAAAACUUUACCUGCAUAUGAAUCUUAG